CAUCGCGCCCAUCGUGCACCAAACUCCCCCACCACGUACUCUCUCCACACCAUUUCCGCCAGCACCAUGCUCUCGCUCGUCGCUCUGCCCGUCGAGAUUCAGCUCGAGAUCUUCACGCGCUGCACCUACGAGUCGCUCAAGCAGCUCCAGCGCACCUGCACGCAGGUGAAGAAUCUUAUCGUCGAGAGCGCCGCACUUGACAGCCAGCUCUUCCGCGUCAAGGAGGUCGACGUGGCGCUCCUGCGCAAGUGCCAGGCCAGUCUCGAUGCCGACCGUGCUACGAUUGCCGCGGUCGAGGCUAAGUCCAAGGGUGACUCUUUCGAGGAGGUCAGGCUCCUCAGCGAGCGCCUGGACGUCCCGUGGGGCGGAUGGGGCUCGAGCGUCAGACCGGUCCGUCUGCACCGGCUGCUUGAACAGACAGUCACCAUCACGACCAACGAGUUCGAGGAGCACUGGGUCAGCACUUAUAAGCCGGAGUCAUACGGCCUUGACCACUUGAUCUACCUUCACAAGCUGGCGGUCAUCAAGGAGAACGCCACCGAUCCUCCCGUUUCCCACUUGAUCAUGCAUGACCCGCGCUCUCCUCUGAAGACUAAAAAUUUGGGCAUCGCAAAGCGAGGAGCAUCGGUUGAGAUCCACAACUCGUCGAACGAGCCCGUCACGGUCGAGCAGUUCCUGCGCAACUACUACUUCUAUGCCAAGCACGCGAACAAGAAGUACAAUGCCGUGGGCUGGCACAAGGACAAGACCUGGCUCGCUGGCUGGGGAUCUUCGGAGCUGCGCACCGACGGCACGCUCGUUCUUGACGAAACGCGCUACGAGUAAGAGUGAAGCGCUGAGUACCAGACACAUGAUUCGCCGCCAGCAUCUCGCACGACCUUCGCACGGCCCGGCGCACGGCCCGGCGCACACUCCUUUCUCGAUUCGGCACUGCCUCGUUCCGUCACCUUCACCGCUCUCGAGCUUGCAUCCAUGCCGGCCCAGCAAUGAAGCCCUUUCUCGCCGCGCACUGUGCUUUGACGCACAGCUGCACAUCGAGCGCGGACGUCUCCUGCUCAGAGUU